AUGAAAAAUAAAUUAGGCUUUGAAUCUUGUUUUACUGUUGAAGCAAUUGGAAGCUCUGGUGGGCUGGCAUUUUUUUGGAAAAUUGCUGAGGAAGCCUGUCUUCUUGGAUAUUCUCAGAAUCACGUUGAUUUUGAAAUCACGGUUACUGGUACGAGUUCUUGGCGCCUCACCGGAUUCUAUGGUGAACCCAACCGUUCCUUACGACGUCAGACUUGGACUCUCCUACGCACUCUUUUCUCCGAAUCGCAACUCCCAUGGUGUGUCAUCGGUGACUUUAAUAACAUUGGUAAUCAAGCUGAAAAACGAGGAGGACGUGCUUAUCCCACUGCUCUUAUUGCUGGAUUCCAAUCUGUUCUGAGCGACUAUUCUUUACAUGAUAUGGAGCUCCGUGGAUAUCCCUACACCUUGGAACGAGGCCAUGCGUCUGGAAACUUGGUCGAGAUAAGGCUUGACAAAGCCUUAGUUUCUCAACGAUGGCUUGAUAACUUUCAUCAGGUAACUCUGUCUAACCACCCUAUCUCCUCUUCGGAUCACACUCUUAUAUUGUUGGAAUUUCAUGACAGCCCCCAUAGAGAUAAUGUUUAUCAUUUUUGUUUUGAAAACUCCUGGUGCCGUGAACCUAUGUGUGCUCAGAUUGUGAAAUCUUGUUGGGAAAAUAAUAGUCACCUUUCUCUGCUUGAUAAGAUUAAAGUGUGUAGUUCUCAAUUGGAUAGCUGGGGGAAAAGUCUUACUGGUAACUUUAAGAAUCAGAUUGCUAAAAGUAAGAAAAAGAUGACUGCUAUGAAACAUUUAGGCUUUGACAACUGCUAUCAAGAUUAUGUAACUGAGAAAAAUAAUUAUUUUGCGAUUCUUGCUCAGCAAAAAUCUAUUGGAAGUAGAGAUCCAAGCAGUUUUGCAAAUGGCACCUUUCAAAAUACUGUUGCUAAUGAUAUUAGGUGUAAUAUUGAUGAAAAUCAAAAUAACAUCUUGCUACAGCCUAUUUCAUCUGAUGAAGUUAGACAUGCCCUUUUCCAAAUGCAUCCUGAUAAGGCUCCGGGCCCUGAUGGUAUGGGGCCGGGUUUCUUCCAAAAACACUGGGAUAUUGUUGGGCCCGACAUAGUAAACAUGGUCACUGAUUUCUUUGCUUCUGGUGUCAUUCCUAUUGAUCUGAAUAUCACAAACCUUGUUUUGGUUCCUAAGAAGAAAAACUUUGUCUCCAUGAGUGACUUAAGACCGAUUGCCCUUUGCAAUGUGCUAUACAAAAGUGCUUUUAUUCCUAGUAGACUUAUUUCUGAUAAUGUGAUGAUUGCUUUUGAGGUAAUGCACUAUUUAAAGCGGAAGACAAAAGGCAAGAAGGGGUUUAUGACACUUAAACUUGACAUGAGUAAAGCAUAUGACCGUGUUGAGUGGGACUAUCUCCAUGCUGUUAUGUCUCAUAUGGGGUUUCAUUCGAAGUGGAUUGAUCUUGUUAUGUCUUGCAUUACUUCGGUCAGUUAUAAUGUCAUCCAUGGAGGUCAUGUUGUUGGCCCUAUCAUUCCAUCCUGUGGUAUCCGGCAAGGCGACCCCCUUUCCACUUAUUUGUUCAUCAUGUGUGCUGAAGGACUUACGGCGCUUAUCAACAAGUUUGAGGCAAGACGGGCUAUUCAAGGUUGCAAGGUGGCUCGUGGUGCCCCUUCUAUCACUCACAUGUUAUUUGCAUACGACAGCUAUCUCUUUUGUCAGGCCACUACAGAAGCUGCUACGAGUGUUAAUACUCUUCUACAUACCUUCCAACUGGCGUUUGGACAACAAGUAAAUUUUUCCAAGUCUUCUGUCUUCUUUAGUCCUAACACUACUACCCAAUCUCGUUCUGGUAUUUGCUCUGUGCUUGGGAUGGUUGAAGCGUCAGAUGGAAGUCUGUAUCUUGGUUUACCUAACAUUAUUGGCCGAAACAAGACCUCUAUUCUUGGCUUCUUAAAGAAUAAGGUCAUGUCUCGUAUCAAUAGUUGGGAUGGUAAGUUCUUAUCUCGAGCUGGCAAAGAAAUUCUCCUUAAGGCUGUGAUCCAAUCUUUGCCAACCUAUGCUAUGAGUGUCUUUCUUAUUCCGAUUGGCAUUUGUGAGGAUAUUGAGAAGCUUAUGGCAAGCUUUUGGUGGAAAACAAGUUCAAGAAAGGGUCAAGGGCAUAAAACCCAACAGGUUCGUCAAGAGGCAGUUCGUAUUAUUGGCAAUGGUGACACAACCAGAAUUCUCUCAACACCAUGGGUCCCUGAUACUAACAAUAGGCUUGUUACUUCAACACAUCCAGCUCUCUUGCAGAACAAUGUGAGUUCUCUCUUUUCCAUGGAAACUCGUAGUUGGGAUUCUGAUGUCGUCAAUUACCUGUUUAACAACCGGGAUGCACGUCUGAUUCUCAGUCUCCCUUUAUCACCAACUGCUGCUUCUAAUUUUUGGUCUUCGUCGGGAGACCGUACUGGGCUAUUUUUGCUUCAGAAAAACAAAACCCAACAUGUCAGCUCUGAUAAUUCUGGAUUUUUGCAUAAACUGUGGCAAUUGAAGAUCCCGCCCAAGGUCAAGAACUUGUUAUGGCGUGCUAUCACUGACUGUCUUCCCACCUGUCUUCAACUGGUGAAAAAACAUGUAAGCAUUUCUGCAAUCUGCCCCGUUUGUACUGAUCAAGCCGAGUCUAUUGUCCAUGUGCUUCUCAUUUGCCCUUUUGCUAUGUCAUGUUGGCGUACUCUUGGUAUCACUUAUGAACCGAUAUACCCUUUAUCCUUUGGUGGCUGGUUUGAGAAAGCUCUUACAACUCUUGAUGAGGAGAUUGCAUCACAGGCUGCUAUGCUCUGUUGGGCAAUUUGGAAAGCCCAAAAUCUUGUUGUAUGGAAGAAUAAAGCAUCCUUACGAACUGAAGUUAUUGCAUCAGCACAAAUAACUCUUGAUCACUGGCGUAACGCUCAAGAUAACACUUCUUUAUCUUCUCUAUUUUUUGAUAAUAGAGGAGAUGGAGCUGAGCGUUGGACUACACCUGAAGUGAAUAAAAUCAAGAUAAAUGUUGAUGCUGCACUCUUUUCACGGGAUAACUCUUAUGGAUUCGGGAUUGUUGCUCGAGAUAGCUCGGGUAAGCUCAUUGAGGCCAAAUCGUGCUAUUAUGGAGGUGUCUAUGAUGCGAAAGUUGUUGAAGCAAUGGGAGUCAAAGAAGCUCUCAACUGGAUCAAAAGUAAGAACUGGUCUGAUGUAGAGGUUGAGACAGAUAGCAUGCCCACUGUGCAAGGCAUUCGUAGUAACCAAUCCUUAAAUUCUAUUUUUGGUUUGAUUAUUCAUGACUGUCAAAUUUUAUUCUCUUCUCUAAAUAAUGUUAAGAUUUGUUUUAUCAGACGAUCAGUAAACCGAGUUGCCCAUGUUGUUGCAAGGCACUCUUGUUUUCUCUCUGGUCGUAGCAUUUUUGAGUAUAAUGCUUGGGAUGAGUUAAUCUCCCUCUUGUAUUCUGAAUGCUAA